AUUUUUUCUUUUUCAAAACUUGAAGUCUCUUUACUAGGCAAAAGGGCAAAAGCUCUGAGUCUGGGAUAAACUUGAAGUCUCUUUAAUAGUGAUAAAGAAAGAGGAUGAUAUACACAGCAAUUGACACCUUCUAUCUCACGGACGAGCAGCUAGCAAACUCACCUUCUAGAAAAGAUGGCAUAGAUGAAGCCACCGAGACCACCCUUAGAAUCUACGGCUGCGAUCUUGUCCAAGAGAGUGGCAUUUUGCUCAGAUUACCACAAACAGUCAUGGCUACUGGGCAGAUUCUAUUUCAUCGUUUCUAUUGCAAGAAGUCGUUUGCACGGUUCGAUGUCAAGACAGUUGCUGCAAGCUGUGUAUGGUUGGCUUCAAAACUAGAGGAAAAUCCUAGAAAAGCCAGACAAGUAAUUAUUGUUUUUCACAGGAUGGAGUGCAGGAAGGAGAACUUUCCCAUGAAGCAUUUAGAUUUGUAUUCCAAGAAAUACUUUGAUUUGAAAACGGAAUUGAGCAUAACAGAAAGAGAAAUUUUGAAAGAGAUGGGGUUCAUUUGUCAUGUUGAACAUCCACAUAAAUUUUUAUCAAGUUAUCUUGCUACACUUGAAACACCUCCAAAAUUGAGGCAAGAAGCCUGGAAACUGGCGAAUGAUAGUUUGAGAACUACAUUGUGUGUUCGAUUUAAGAGUGAGGUGGUGGCUUGUGGAGUUGUAUAUGCUGCUGCUCGAAGGUUCCAAGUACCCCUUCCUGAGAAUCCGCCAUGGUGGAAAGCAUUUGACGGAGAGAAAUCUGAGAUUGAUGAAGUCUGCAGGGUUUUGGCUCAUCUUUAUAGCCUUCCAAAGACACAAUAUAUAGCAGUCUGCAAAGAUUCUAAAAUGUCUGAUCGUAGAAUUGAGGUCAUUUGCAAGACAUUUAAGGAUAACAAGAAAAGAGAUAGAGAUAGAGACAUGUACAGAACAAAAUCCAAAGAUAGAGAUCAAGGAAGAGAUGCGGACAAAGAACGAGAACGAGAGGGUCACCGUUCUAGGAAGAGAGCAAAGAACUCGAGUAUCUCUACAGAUUUUUUGUAUUAAGUGUUUUUUUUUUUGUCAAUAUAAUUUUACGAUCAUAAUUCUUUCUUUUAUAUGUAUUUGACAUUAUAUUUUUUAUUUUUUACUUUCUAUUUU